AGUCACCAGUCGCAUUUCGAGUUUGCGCCGUCGAAUUUUUCUGGGUGUGUCACUAAAAUUUCAAUACAAGAAACAUCAAAAUGAGUGGCCAACAAUACUACCCGUACAAAUGCACCCCCACCGUGUACCCCGCGGAGCCUUUCGACCCCGCGGCGGAUGCGGAGACGCUCCGCAAAGCGAUGAAAGGUUUCGGCACCGAUGAGAAGGCCAUCAUCGACGUACUAUGCCGCCGCGGCAUUGUUCAGCGGCUCGAGAUCGCCGAGACCUUCAAGACCAACUAUGGCAAGGACCUAAUCAGCGAACUGAAGAGUGAGCUGACCGGCAACUUGGAGAAUGUGAUUGUCGCCCUGAUGACCCCUCUGCCCCAUUUCUAUGCCAAAGAAUUGCACGACGCCGUUGCGGGACUUGGUACAGAUGAGGAAGCUAUCAUUGAGAUCCUCUGCACUCUCUCCAACUACGGCAUCAGGACCAUCUCUGCAUUCUACGAGCAGUUGUACAACAAAAGCUUAGAAUCAGACCUCAAAGGUGACACAUCCGGUCACUUCAAAAGGCUAUGCGUAUCCCUCUGCAUGGCCAAUCGCGAUGAAAACCAAGGAGUAGAUGAAUCAGCUGCCAAGGCUGACGCUGAGGCCCUUGCCAAUGCUGGCGAAGGUCAAUGGGGCACUGAUGAAUCUGUGUUCAACUCUAUCCUUAUAACACGAUCCUACCAACAACUCCGACAGAUCUUUGCAGAAUAUGAGCAAAUGACGGGCAAAGAUAUUGAAGAAUCUAUCAAGAAGGAAUUUUCAGGAAGCGUUGAAAAGGGCAUGCUGGCUAUCGUGAAAUGCGUUAAAAGUAAAGUUGGUUUCUUCGCUGAACGCCUGUACUAUUCGAUGAAGGGGUUGGGCACUAACGAUAAGACCCUCAUCAGAAUUAUUGUCAGCCGUUCCGAAAUCGAUCUUGGGGAUAUCAAACAGGCUUUCCUGGACAAAUACGGCAAAACCUUGGACAGCUGGAUUGCUGAUGACCUAGACGGUGAUUUCAAGAGAGUGCUAGUCACACUUUGUGCUUAAUCCUGCAAAAUAAUCUGUUAAAAGCAAAAUUAUUUUUAAUAUACAUGUAUUUUGUUGAGCUUUCGCAUGCAAUUGUCUGCCUUUAGACUGUUAAGAAGUACAAAAAACAUAUAAUAUAUUUUGCAGGAUGAUACGAAGGGAGACUACAAAAGGGUGUUACUUACUCUCGUUUCUUAAGAAAAGCAUAAUUGCUUAAGCAAAGCAUAAUAGUUAAGUGAAACUGAUUGUACGUUCGCCUUGUAAUGUUCUUGUUCCGAUAUGAAACUGCCUUUAUAUUAUUGAUUGUUGAACAAUAUAUUUUGGAAAUAAAAAGCUUGAUAUUUUUAUGAAAUGAGAUAUUUAUUGGUGCUCUAGUUUUGUUCACGAUAUACAUAUUUACAUUAAAUUACUU